GUCGCCCUUGGUAUGUUUUUGGAAGGACUUCCGUGUUUGUAAAAACUGAUUGCAAACUACGAGAAAUAAACAUUCAAGAUGCAUAGAAGGGCCCACGGAGUUGCUGCUAUUAAAAAGAAAAGCCUAGCUGAGGCUAGAUAUAAAGAUAAAGGAACAGAACUAGCACAAGAUCAGUUUGCUCAGAUGGCACAGCAGAUGGACACAUUUAAGAAAAAUCUCGAAGAUUUUGCCACCAAACAUAAAGAUGAUAUUCGGAAGGACCCAGAAUUCCGAAUCCAGUUUCAGGAAAUGUGUGCUUCAAUCGGGGUUGACCCGUUGGCAUCAAGCAAGGGUUUCUGGGCUGAAAUGCUUGGUGUAGGAGACUUCUAUUACGAACUAGGUGUCCAGAUUAUUGAAGUUUGUCUCGCUACAAGCCAUCAAAAUGGAGGUUUAAUAGGAAUUGAAGAGUUAAGGAAGAGGGUGGAAAAAUCCCGAGGUCGACAUUCACAGGACAUCAGCAUUGAUGAUCUUAUGCGAGCAAUAAAGAAACUGAAGAUUCUUGGCAAUGGUUUCACUGUGAUCCCGGUGGGCCCCACAUUUCUGAUCCAAUCUGUACCAGGGGAGUUGACCAUGGAUCACACCAGUGUUUUACAGCAAGCUCAGGCAACUGGUUUUGUAAGUCAAAAUAUUUUAAUGAAAGAACUCAAGUGGGAAGAGGAAAGAACAAAGCGAGCUCUAGAAUUCAUGGUCAAAGAAGGCCUUGCAUGGGUGGAUGACCAUCCAGGACAGGAAAGACAAUAUUGGUUUCCUAGUUUUUUCCCCGAAUGCACAGUGACAUGAUCAGAUGCAUUCUACAUAUUAUAGUUUAUACCUAAUUGACUUCAUAUUCUGUCGGGAUGGGAACUCUGUUGAUGUACCCAUAUCCAGUAGUGGGGGGACACAAGCCAGGUUCAGGCACGCCCAUCCUGGACUUAACCUCUGAGUUUGCCAGUGAAAAAUUCCAGGACAGGAGGGUAAUUUUCUGAGGAACAGUGUCUUGACCCCAGAAGCUUUAUAGUAAAAGUCCAGGGAAGACUGAAUGACUGUUUCAGAGUUCUUUGGAUCCAUAGUUGUGUUUUCCAGACUUACAGGUUGACUUUGGCAAGUUGAUUUGUGCAAGCCGUAAAUAGGAUUGCUUCAUUUCUGUGGAAAAAGAAAAAAACACCUAAUGCUAGAAUGUCUUAAAUGUUGGAAAAACAUUUAAUUAUUAUUAUUUCCAAGUUCUUUGGGCAGUUGGAUCUCUUUCCAUUCUUGCUAGCUGUACUUGGUAAACCACAGAGAUGCUAAACCUUUACUAGCAAGAUACCUGAGUGCAAAGGAUCUGGAAUGGGCACAGAUCGUCUUUUUAAGUCAGUUUAACUGCUUAAAUUACAACCUUUUACUGUUUCAGAGAUAUACUAGAACAACCACAUGUGUUUGACAUUCAUAUAUUAAAGCUGCUAGUUUUAGACACAAUGGGAACCAUCUUUGCAGGGCCCAUCUUAACGACGGAACCGACGUUGAACCGUCGUUGAAAUAUAAAUUGCCGUGGGUUUGAGAGCAUCACUUUUGUGCUGCUGGAUUAAAAUUACCGCCUUCGGUAAAACUCCACAACAACAGCAAAAUUAAUAUAUCUGGUGUACCUUAUCUGCCAGUAUUCAACAUUUGUACAUUUGAAAUAUGUCUACAUGUAUCAAAAUAACCUUUCAGCAGGGCCGUACUUUGAUCAAAAUCCUGGGGGUAGGGGGAUGGGCACUACUUUUUAUAAACAAAUGAAACACUAUACAGAUUAAACCUUGAGAUGUGUAUGAGAUGGGUACGGCCCUAUUUCAGUCAUAUUUAGUUGCUGCAAAAGUCACCUUUAAAAAACAUUGCCAUAGGAGGCAUGCUCAAAAUUGCCGUCGGAGGGCCGUUUCACCUAUGGCAAUUUAAACAGAAAUGCUGUGGGUGACAAAUUGUUACAUUCAAGCCGUCUUUGACUACCCUAGUUCCACACAAAUAUCCUGCUUUUAGUAGGACCGUGCGCUCAUGUUUCAAGCACACUAACUCUACUUCACAUUAAAUUUCAGAAAUUUACUAGCCAGAUGAAAUGACCGUGUAAGUCUUGUCAAAACUCUCACUACUGGUUGGCGGUGACUUGUUUAAUACAAUAUUCAAACUUAGGUGCUCUUUGAACUUUGACCCGGUGAGAUGCUGUUUGGUAUUCUGCUACCUGUAGUGCCAUAUUAUACUAGUCUUACCAUGGCGGCAUUUCUGUACUAGUCUGUUACGUUCAUAUUCAAACGGUGAGCUCCACGUCACAUUGAAAGCCUAAAAUCAGAUUAUAGAGGUACUUAUAGUAAGCAUGGUUUUUGCACUCUCUUGAUGUUUUGAUUGACAGCAGAUAGUCAAUCAUGCUGUCCCACCUCGAGACUAAGACCACCACCAGGCGAAUUUUUUGCAGGUGGGGGGGGGGGGGGGGGGGGGUCAUAGGCAGAGUAAUUAAAUGAAAUAUAUUUAAGACUUAAACAUUCAUUCAUUCAUUCAUUCAUUCAAUAAAAUAAGUGAAAACAGUUGUUGUCUUGAGUGGUCCGAACCCUUUUGACCCCCCUCUGGAUCCGCACCUGGUCACUUGUAAGUUAAUGCGUAGCUUUUAACUAACAUGAUGGCAACUUACAUUGAUGUGCAGUAAUAGUAUGAUGUCAAACAGUGAUGCCUUGAAGUCUGUUAAAAUUAUAAAAACUGUUUUCUCGUUUUAAUAAAAUAUUAUAAAGACGA